UGUUGUUUUGCGCCGCGGCUGCUCCCGCGCAGUACCUCUUGAGAAGCUGCGCGGCUGUGCAGACUUUUAAGCCCGUGGAUGCGUGACCUGGUGACAUCCUUUCCGGCUGAGUUCACGCAGACGAUGAAUUUGGACAGGUUUUCCGCAGAAUCUGCGCAGAUUUACCAAAGCCUGCGUAUCGUGAACGCUCCCAGUAUAUUUUGUUAAUCCAUGUGAUUGUACUUUCCUGUGAUAGCCCCACCUAAAUCCAUCACUUCCGCUCCCGAAGUGCAGUGCUCCAAAUCAUGGACCAGAAUGACAAUGAUUUGCAAGGUACAGAUGGGUCUGGAUCUUUGGGUGGCCCUGAUGUUCGCAGGCGAAUUCCUUUAAAGCUGAUCUCCAAGCAAGUCAUCAGAAACAAACCCACUGCCCGGCCUCCAAGAAACAUGAACCGAAUACCUUCCAAACCACAGAAUGUGGAUGAAGAAGGUUUUGGUUACAAUGAGGAAGAGCGGUAUGAGUGCAAAGGCGGAGAAAUGUUUGGAGGAAAAAGAAGAUUUCCAAUUCAGAUAUUCUGGGAUUGUAAGAUAAAUUUGAUUGGAGAAAAAGAUGACACACCUGUUCAUUUUUGUGACAAAUGCGGUCUUCCUAUAAAGAUAUAUGGACGCAUGAUUCCAUGUAAACACGUUUUCUGUUAUGAAUGUGCUGUUAUCUACGAGAAGAAGUGUGACAAAAUGUGCCCUGGUUUAUCUCUUUACAGCUGCAAUGACCCAGUCCAGCGUAUUGAGCAGUGCCUGCGAGGAUCUCUCUUCAUGUGCAGCAUCGUGCAGGGCUGCAAACGAACCUACCUGUCUCAGAGGGACCUGCAGGCACACAUCAACCACCGGCACAUGAGAGGAGGGAAGCCAGUGGCAGGACGCCCCCACGGGGAACCCCUGCACCUCCCAGCCUUAGCAGGGCCUCCGCCCUCAGAGCUGAAUGAGCGCUUCCUGCUGCCACCAGACAAGCAUCACCUCCCCCACCUGGGUGGCCCCAAGCCGCAUGUCCUGAUCCCACCACCCCCGAUGCAGCAUGUGAGUCAUGAGCACUACAGCCAGCCUCACGAGGACCUUCGAGGGGCGCAACCUCCUCCCUCUUCCUCGGACAUGGCUGCCCUGGGGCCCCCGCGCUCCGUGGGCCAGGAGACCUUCCGCAUCUCCACCGUCACCACGCGUAAGCACAGCAACCUCAUCACCGUCCCCAUUCAGGAUGACUCUGCAGGUUCUGGUGGCCGUGAGCCCCCACCCCCCGGCCCAGGCCCAGCUCAGCAUCACCACCCCAAUGAGUAUCAGGGCCAGCCGGUUGUGUCACGCCCUCAUCACAUGAUAGCCCAGCAGCAACACUAUGGCCCACCCCCACCUCCUCCUCCGCCCAUCAACCACCCCAUGCAGCACCCACCCCAGGCCUCGGGGACUCCUCACAUGGUCUACAGCCAAGCACCACCACCACCCAUGUCAUCUGCGCCACCACCCAUCACCCCACCCCCAGGACACAUAAUCAACCAGAUGCCUCCAUACAUGAACCACCCCCCACCCGGCCCACCUCCCCAGCAUGGCGGCCCACCUGUCAACGCGCCUCCCCCACGCCAUUACAACCCCAGCUCCAUGCAGCAGUUCUCUGAAGACCAAGGAACUCUAAGCCCUCCAUUCACCCAACCAGGAGGACUGAGUCCAGGCAUAUGGCCUGCUCCCCGGGGACCUCCCCCUCCUAGAAUGCAGGGCCCGCCUCCUCAGGGUCAAAUACCUGGACCACACCACCCAGAUCAGUCAAGAUACCGGCCAUACUACCAGUAAUAUAUGAAUAAAUAGAAGAAUGUAGGUGGUUGUGUGUGGGUGGACAGCUUUUAAUUAUUAUUUUUUAUGUUGUAAGCCUAAAAAAAAAAAAAAAGGUUAAUUAGCUGUUAAGGACUACCAUAACUCUUGAAAGUGUUGUGUCUGACUGCAUGCAUAAUGCUGAAAACAUUUGGUCUCAUUUUGAUAAGUACACUUUUCACCCGACAGAUUGUAUCCCAGACUUCACAUUAUCAAUAUUAGCUCCUAGAAUAUAACAACAUACACUGUACUUGAUUGUCUUACAUAUGGUGUUAAGGAUUAGGUUACAUCUGAAGAUUUUGUUUUGUUAUCCUGUAUUAAUAAAUUUGAAAAUGUGAA